AUGAGACUCCUUUUUCUACUGGGUACGGUUGUUACCGCGGCUGCCAUAAUCCCCAUUCUUCCCCAUCUGUUAGCUCUUUUCUUUUUUUUUCAUGUACACGAUCAUUAAUUUUCAGGCUGCAUGAGAGAACUGUCAACUACAAAGACUCCAAUGGAAAUCAACUUGAAGGCUAUCUGGCUUAUCCGCUGUCCGUUUUUUAGUUGUUCGCCCAGGAAAUUUCUUCAAACCUUAUGCCUAAAAAGUUUCUCCAAACAGAUAUAAUGAAAUAAUAAGGGGAACAGAUUAUAAACUAUACGAUUAUGAGUGAGAAGAAGUUUUUUUCUUACUGUAUGAGUCACAGUAUGACCUCACUUCUUUUUUCUUUCAGUUUCUUUUUAUUUAGAUUUCUACUUCGGUUUGAAACAGUUUUACAAGUCCUUCAUGCGAAUUCGAAGCAAAACUCAAGUUCAGAUGGGUGACACCAAACAGAAAGGCUCCCGCUGUUAUCGUCUUCCAUGCUUUCCUCGGCCGCACUCCUUUUGAAGAAGAUCGAACUCGGCAACUUGCCAAGGUACGUAUUUCUGAUGUCCUUUCAGUUCACUUUCAUGGAGAUAUAGAAUAGAACGAAACAACUAAAAACGCCCCCAAAAGCACGAUUUCGUCUCGAAUUUCAUCUUCGGUAGACAUGAAUUAUAAUCUAACAGAAAUCAAGAAGUUGUCAAAAAAUUUUUGCCACAUCUAAAAGAUAGAGUUAAGCUUGGCUACGUCGCAUUUGCCGCUGAUACAUACGGAAAGAAUGGCGCCGCCAACACUACAGAUGGAAACUUUGCCAUAAUGAACGCUUUACUGGGAAAUAGGUUCCUUUUUUUGCCUACUCUUGCGAUAAAAAUGGAGAUUUAAGAACAACGGUUCUACGAGACCGAAUCCUGAAAGCCUGGGAGUACGUCAACACCUUGAAAUUUGUCGACAAAACUAAGGUUAGGAUGAAUAAACGUGAAGAAAAAGAGCUGCGAGUUUCAGAUUGGAUCCAUUGGCUACUGCUUCGGCGGCCUUUGCACAUUGGACUUGGCGCGCUUCAACGUCGGUCUCAAAGCGGCCGUCUCCUUCCACGGAACUCUUGAUGACUAUCCUGGGAACGGAACGUCAGUUCCUUCAAGCUUUCCACUCAAAUACGACAGAUUCCCACAUAAAAAAUAAGAACAUAGAAUGUCAAUACGAAUGACGUCGAAAAUUUUAGGAAUAGUUUUUGAAAAUCGCCCUCUUCGAGUUCAUGGCAUUUUUUUAAAAAAGCAGCUUCGUGAAAUUUUUUCCUACUUUUCACUCUUGAGAAUAAAUUAUAUUUAUUCAGGGAAAUCGACGCUUCGGUUCAAGCUCAUCACGGUGAUAUUGACCCCUUCACUACUAAUGUAUUUUUUUGAACUUUUGCUUUUUCAAUUUUCUCUUCUGCUGCUUUUAUAGAGAAGUUCUUUUCCAGUCGGAUCAGUUCCUGGAGGAAAUGCGGCGAAGAAAUGGAGAUUGGGUCUUCGAACGAUACGCCCACGCGCAACACGCCUUCGCCAUGACAUGUCUCUUUUUUUUUUGAAAUUUUGUCCAACAGUAAUAAUUUUACCAAACUUCAGUUUGGCAGUUAGACUGAAAAAAAAAUUUGCAGUCAUCGACAGCCUGAACAUCCCCGGGGCGUCGUUCAACCCAAUCGCAGCCAACCGUUCGUGGACUGCCAUGGAGGCUUUUUUGGCAGAGAAACUCUUUUGA